GGCGGGGCGGGGCGAUGGCGGGCGCGGGGCCGCCCGUGCCCACGUGCCUGCUGCUGGGGGCGGCGGGCGGCGGGAAGAGCCUGCUGGCGCGGCGGCUGCGUCAGCUGAGCGCGGCGGAGGGGCCGGCGGAGCUGGGCGAGCCCCCGGCCACACAGCCCACGGUGGGCACCAACCUGACCGACCUGCGGCUGCCGCGGCGGGUGACGGUGCGGGAGCUGGGCGGCUGCAUGGGCCCCAUCUGGCCCAGCUACUACAGCGAGUGCAGCGCGCUCCUGUUCGUGGUGGACGCCGCCAACCCCGCUCAAGUCUCCUCGUCCUGUGUCCAGCUGCUCUCCGUCCUCUCCGCAGCGCCGCUCGCCUCGGUGCCCGUCCUCGUCCUCUUCAAUAAGAUUGACCUGCCCUGCUACAUGUCUCUGUCGGAGAUGAAGUCACUGUUCCGCAUGCAGGACAUUGUCUCCUGUGCCACGCAGCCCAUCACCAUGCUGGAGACCAGCGCCCGCGAUGGCACCGGCCUGGCCAACGUCCUGCAGUGGCUCCAGGCCACCCUGGGAGACCCCCGCUGACCCCAGCCCUGCCCCCCUGCUGCAGCCCCGCGAGUCCCAGCACCGAGGGAGGUGGCCGGGAAGCUGCUGCCCCACGUGGGGCUGGCAGUGGGGCCUGGGACAGCAUCGGGGUGGUGGCCAGCGGGACCCUGUGCGACUUGACAGUAAAACUGCCACCUUUCUGUCCA